AUGCCCUACUCCGACUCGGUCGCGGACUUGGAUUCAGUGCCACUCGGUCAGUCAGUCAAACAACUUGAGCGUCAGCAUCUGUGCACUGCAAUUUAAUUUAAUUAAGACGAAAGACGACAAGUGAAAUAUUUUUUCUUUGAAUCAAUUGUGGAGGGCAAUUAGACAAGAAAACAAACCUCAGUUACUGUCUACGCGUGGGAUGAUGAUGGCCGAAAAGCUAGAAAUGAAACGCUCCACCUCGAUGCCAGUGAAGCCAAGGCCCUUAAAUCCCAAGCCCUUGGCUCGAUCCCCGGAGAAGGAGACAGUGAACGAUACUGAAACCGAUUACUAUCCAGAAAGUCCAAGCUGUCUACGCAGACGACGUAAAUCCAAGCAAGCAGCCGAUCAAUUGGAGACGCGCAGCGAGCAAAACUUUCCUUAUACGCUCGACUGGUCGGGCAGCACGAUUGAGCUCAGCCCCGACUUGGAUGCGGAUGGCAGAAAGCGCAGCAUGCAUCGGGUUAUGCAAAAGAAUGGUCACGAGAACGUUGUCUUUCGUCGCAUUCCGGAGAAAUCGUGGCGAUAUAUGCGCGAUGCGAUUACCACACUGAUCGAAUUGGAUUGGAAAUACAUGCUAACAAUUUUCCUGGGAAGUUACUUUCUGAGCUGGCUCUUCUUUGGUGUCUUAUGCUAUAUGGUCGCUUAUUCGCAUGGUGAUUUUCUCUUCGAUGAGGCAUCUGGUGAACGUUUAGGAGAAGGCCAAGAUCCUUGCAUCUAUGGUGUGCGCAAUUUUGUGGCCAUGAUGAUUUACUCGAUUGAGACGCAAACAACGCUUGGAUUUGGUGAGAAAUAUGCGAGUGAGGAAUGCCCGGAAACAAUUUUCCUAUUUGUCAUGCAAAUGAUGUGCGCGGCAGCUAUUGAGGGGUCAAUGAUUAGCAUUAUUUAUGCGAAGACUGCGCGUCCGGCCAAACAGUUAACGAAGCUCAAGUUCAGCGAUAAGGCUGUGAUUUGUUAUCGCGAUGGCAAACUAUGUUUGCUCUUUCGCGUCUGCGAUCCGCGGGAACAGCAGUCCAUCGAAUCGAAGAUACGAGUCUAUAUGAUUGUGGAUAAACAUACUCGUGAGGGCGAGGUCAUCAAGACCCACACGGAGCUAAAGCUGGAGGGGAAUGGCGAGCAGUUGAUUGUCUGGCCAGACAUCGUUUGCCAUGUCAUCGAUGAGACGAGUCCACUCUUCGCAUUCAACAAUGCGAAGCAAUUCAAUGCCGGACAGUUUGAGCUCUAUGUCACGAUUGUUGGCACCUCGCCGACCACAGCGCAAAUGACCGAGGCGAAGACUUCGUAUGUGCCGCGCGAGAUUUACUGGGGUCAGCGAUUCGCCAACAUCAUCCACUACGAUGCUAGCCACGAGCGAUAUAUCGUGGACUAUGAGAAUUUCAAUUCGACUAUAUCGGUGGAUAUGCCCGUCAGGCUUAGCCCAGCGGAGCAACUGCAGCAGCGACAGCAACAACAACUGGAGCUGCAGCUUCAGCAGCUGCAAUUGCAAAAACAUUGCAAACAGAAUCAUUAA